AUGUCGGCUCCUCCCGACAUUCCACCACGGCUGUCAGGGCUGUAUCUUGGUGCUGCCAGCGACCGCACUCUUGCCAACUCAGUCUCGAGAUUGCAUCCCACGCCAAUAAGUUACCCGCAAGCAACCACAUCUAUCAGCUCUACCAUCAUGUCGAUAAGCACCGUCAACAAAGGAGACCGGCCACCACUAAGCUUUCGCGACUCUGUCCUCGAGGGCACUGAUGGACACGGCGACAACCAAGAAGCAGACGACACCUCCGCGAUCUUCUUCAUCGACACAGAAGGCAUCUCAGCCCAGAACAGCUCUGAGGAGAGGCCUGCACCGAUCACAGAGCGCUCAGAGGCACUUAAGGCGGCCCAAGACCAGGCCCUGAAGAAGGUGAUCAAGACGUGGAUAUCCGAGCACGAGGGCGAAGGCGGACCGACAGCCCCCUACUUCAGCGCAAUGCUAGAAGACGGCCGGGCCUUCGUGGCUCGAUCCGUGGAAAUGGAGUCGAAGCCAACAUACCUUGGCCAAUACAAGACCUACGUUCUCAACCAGUAUGCAUCGCUCGACACGGCUUUCAGCACAAUCCUCCGGUUUGGUGCUCGCUAUGGGAAUAGCAACUGGCAGUUCAGGUGGGCCGUGAUGAGCGGCUACUACAAGAUCUACAAGCUCAGAUGCGCAGGGUGCAAGCAGGUCGUGUUGGUUCCCGUGCCACUGUUCGAGGACGAGAGAGUUACUGCAUUGGCCGAAAAGAAGAUCAAGGCGUGCGCCGACCCGCGCGUCGAGCGUCGGUGCCGUGACAAGUUCUGCGACUCUAUGAAGAAAGGGGCGAAAGUGGAGGUUACGCACGAUUGUGUGGUGACAAUUGACGGAGAGGAGUGGCCCGAGAAGCGCGGCACCAACUAUACCAUCUUCCAACCCUUCAAGAACAUGAUCAUCAAGUACGAGCACGGCACAGGGAGCGAGUUCUUGGAGAAAGUCCGCAAGAGCCGAGAGCAGUCCAUUGCCACCAUCGAGGCAGACUGCAAAGACUACGUUGCUGUCAUCGAAGAGCAGAUCGAGGACAUGUUGGACCUGUACGGCGACUCGGCCUGCGGCAAGGUCAUCCAUGAACUCAAGGUGCGGGCUAGAGCGAGGUUGUCGAAGCGUGCUGCUGAAAAUUCUAUUGGGCAGAAGGCAAUCAAGGAAGAGCUUGAGUCGAAGUAUGUGAAGCGUAAGGCAUCUGCGAUUCUGGGGCAGAACGGAAGUAACGGCGAGGCUGUGCCACCAGCGAAGAAGCAGAUGGGCGGCGACGGGGAGGCGAUGCAGUCAAUCAACAUGCGAAAGGCCGCCGAGCGCAAAGGUACCAGUAGCGUGGCAAGCGUUUCUUCCCCUAUGCCGCAGUCACCACCGGGCAGAGAGAAGAGCAGCCCCGAAGACAUGGGAGUUGAGCAGCCGGCAGGAGCAGACGGGUUUGCUGCAAACGACCACACCAUCGCGGAGAUCAACGCAAAGCGAAAGAAGGCUAUCUUGCAAGAUGCUACCAGGCGAGCACUCGUUGCUCAAUCUGAACUAGAACUGGAGAAGGACGAGACUGGGCUGACUUCUGCUGCAAGCGAUUUGCACCCCAAGGACGACGACGAGCCAGCAGAAGACUUGGUUGAGGCCAUUGCGGCUCGUGUUCAGCGUGGUCAGAGCAGCAGCGAUAGUAAGAUUUCGGGCCCUCCGAUGCUACUGAAGAGGACACAUACGGAGCGAAGGGCUGUUGCGGGCGGUGGCAACUACCAGCAGUCCUUUGCGGAUCGACUGAAGCCAUCGCGGCUCGUAUUCGGCAGGAGAACAGCGGUAGCAAGACAUCGGCCCCCGUGA